UUGCCUACCACCCCAACACUUUCCAGGCCUCGUGCUUGAUCUCUACAGGAGCUGUUAGAGACUGAUUCUGGAAUGGCGAGCCACGGCGUCUCGCGCGUUGCAGGCAGCCAGACGCGUUCUGACCUGGCGCGAGAGAAAGAGCUUCAACAAAUCGCCCGUUACAAUGAGUUGGUCGAACUCGUGAAUAGAAAGGUUGCGGAGAGACAAUACACCGUGGAAGUGCUUAGCCUCACUACCAAGCUUCUUACCGAAAACCCAGAGUACUAUACCAUAUGGAACCACCGCCGGCGCGUGCUGCAGCACCUCUUCCUUAGCCAGACCGAACCGGCGUCCUUGUCCUCCGAUAAACACCAAGAGACUCUCGACUUUAUCACCGCCGAUCUUAGUCUCACAACUUCCCUGCUCAGGCAGUAUCCAAAGUGCUACUGGCUCUGGAACCACAGAUAUUGGGUGCUGCAGGUGGGCGAGGCACGUUUGCAGGCCGUUGCCGCACGUAAACUAUGGCAAGGCGAGCUGCAGCUUGUCACUAUGAUGCUGGGCGCCGACAGCCGCAAUUUCCAUGCCUGGAGUUACCGGCGGUUUGUUGUCGGUGAGCUAGAGCGCAUUCCGGCGCAGCCCAACGAAGUCGUCCCAAGCAAACAAAGCAUGGUGGAAGCCGAGUUUGCCUACACUACGAAGAUGAUCAAGGCAAAUCUAUCCAACUUCUCCGCAUGGCAUAAUCGGAGCAAACUAAUCCCAAAGCUCCUUGACGAGCGGGAAUCGGAUGAUGUAGCAAGACGACGUAUGCUUGACGACGAGUUUGCCCUGAUACACGAAGCAUUCCUCGAUCCUUUCGACCAGUCAAUCUGGUAUUACCACCAAUUCUUGAUGAGCACGCUUUCAUCGCGCAACUCGCGAGAGUCGGCCAUCAUACUAGACCUCACCGAUACCGAUCGAAAGCGGUACUGCGAGCAAGAAAUCAAUUUCAUCAAAGAUAUCCUUGAGGAUGAAGAAGAUUGCAAGUGGAUUUACGAGGUCCUCAUACAGUAUUCGACCUCGUUUCCAAGCUUGAAUGGUAACGAAAGUAUUAUCACGGCUGAUGACUUGAGGGAGUGGCUUUCUAAGCUCAGGGGUCUUGACCCCCUCCGACAUGGCCGAUGGGCUGACCUUGAAUAUACUCUAGGUCUAUAAUCUAAGAAGUCCAGUAUCGCAAUUGAAUAUAUCAGUUCAG